AUGAAUGAUUAUCUAGGAGAUGAUGAUGUGGACAUUCUAAACACAAAACAUUAUUAUGGUAAAUUAGAUAAGGGAUUGGAACUUUGUCAAUAUUAUGAGUUUUAUGAUAAAGCAAAAACCGAAUUAGAUAAAAAUGCAGGACUUGAGAAGGAUUCCGAUAAAAUUAUAAGCGCUUUAUGUUAUGUAUAUACAAUGAGUUCGAAUGCACACUUUGAUACGAAUAUCUGUAACUUUUUAUAUUAUUGGUUAGGCAAUAUAUUACUAGAAAAAUUAAUUACGAAGGAUUUAUUUCAUGAAGUUAUUCUCGAUCUUUUUAAUACCUUAAUAAAUAAGAACCGCAAAAUUUGUGAACUUCCUCAUUCUUUAAUGUUCAAGGAAGAUUUUAAGGAUUUUAAAUUAAUUUUUGAUUGCUCAGAAGAUUACAAAAGCUAUAAAGUACAAUAUAUUAAUCCUAUAAAGUCCUGUAAUAAUAAUUAUAACAGUCAUUUGGAAAGUAAUAUCGAAAUUUAUAACAGGUUCUACAGUGAAUGCGAAGUACACGACCUUAAAAAACCAUAUUGUGACACAUUUAGAAAAUAUUUUUCUGAUAAAAAUGGCAAUCUUUUAUCACAAUUCAAAUGUAAAUUAGAAACAAAGGAUCCCAGAGUUCGUCAAUUAGAAAAAGGCCACAUGGAAGCACAAGCACAAGCACGAGGACGACAAAUCAUCGGAGGACUACAAGGAGAAGAAGAAUUUUCUGUAGUACCCGAAAUAGAAGAUUCUCCUGCAGAAUUUCCUAGUUCAACAGAUUUUUAUGUAAAUAGAGAGGAUUCUCAAAUGGGUAGUAAUUCUCUUCCUUCAGAUGGUACUCCCUCUUCUAUAACAUCUAAAAGUAUUACUGGUGCUGUAUCAGUUGCUGGAGCUUUAGUACCUUCAUAUCUACUGUACAAUUAUACUCCCGCUGGAAACUUGAUAAACAAGUUAUUAGGAAGAACAACAAGGAUGAAUCAUAAUCCACUAACGGAAGCGCAAUUAAUGAAUAAUUUUUACCAGCCUGAAGGAUUCAAUUCAGAAAGAAGCGGAUAUAAUAUAUCGUACCGCCCUGUAUAA